UGCUGAUAUUUCAACCAGUAAAGAGCAGAAUAUAAUUGUGUGUGCUUUAAAUUAAUUUGUUUUAUUCUUAUUAUUCUUGUCAAAUAACAUUUAUUAAUGCGAAUAUUACUGUUCUUUGUUUAACAAAUAUAUAAAAAGUAAAUACGUGUAAACAAAAUAAAACGGCUCGCAAAAGUAUUAAAUACGCUAAAAACGUAAUAAAAGUGAAAUUUCUUCGUAUGCUUAAAUCUAAUUAAAAAUAAUCAAAUCAAAUAAGUAAAAAUAAAUUUAGUGACGAAAUAUAAAGUUAAAAAAAUAUAGUGUUUCCUAAUAAUAAAAAAAGUGCUUAAAAUAUAAAUACCCACACAAAUUAAACAUAUCUUGUUGUGUUUGGAAACAUUUAUAAAAAUAUAAUUUAAAUACUCUCCCACAUUGCGUCGGUGGCCGUGCACAAGUGUUUUAAAUUCGAAGAAAUCAUCAGAAAGAAAGUACCUAUUUGAGAAAGUAUUCAGUUGUAGAGGAAAGGCUUCAGACUGUUUUAUUACAAUAAACUAUGACCUUACCAACACGUCCAGCACCGGCACCACCUGGAUCACGAGCACAAAAUGCAGCGGCGAAUGCUAACGCUAGUCUAGAACAGUUACGUUUACAAUUACAACAACAGCAACAAUUACAACAGCGCAGCCAACAACAACAUCAAAAUGUCACCGUACCAAAGUUAACAAUCAAAUUGCCACCCCCACCCAAACAGCCGAUGUCCACAAAUGCACACAAUGGUGGUUCAAUUAAUAACAACAAUACGGGUUCAAUCACGCGAAAAUUUCCCCAAGCACGUUAUGCACCUGCUACCGAUUGGGAUGAUUCACCCUUUGAUAUUUUAGCCGGCAACACAGGAUUUGGUGGAGGGGUGGCGGCCACGAAAAGCCAAACUCAGCCCACAACAAAUGGUAAUUAUAAAAAACAACCACCACCCAGACCUCCACCACCUAAAGUGCAACCGAAAAAGGGUGCUGCUCCCACUCCACCAGUACAACAAUCUACCAAUAUUUUAACAAAUAUAUUCCAUCUUAAGAAAAAAUCGUCCAGGGCGGCAACAGCCAACAAUGCCUCAUCGCGUAUGUAUGGCUCGGCCACGUACGGUACUACAACCUCCUCAAUGUCUUCAAAAACUACAACGACAUCACUGCAAAACAAUGGUUUUAGCAACACCAGUUCGUUGAGCACUGAUUGGAAUAGUGCUUGGAACAAUACUGGCAAUUUCAACUCUUCGUCUAUGCAAACAAUGCAUCAAACUGCUACCACAGAAGCUCAAUUGAUCAGUUUUGAUUCUCCUCCAAGUUCUCCAACAUUUACGCAAAAAUCCAACAGCGAUUGCUUGAGCGUGGACAGUUUCAGUUCGGAUUCCAAUUUUAGUUCGCCCAACAAUGGCAGUGUUUCGCAACCAGAAAGCGGUUUUGAAGAUGAUUUUUCAGCCACAGCCGGACGUUCUAGACCAGCUACAACCAGUCCCCUGGAUCCUUGGGAGGCCCUUGAUGCCUUUGGCCAUCCGGACAAUACAGGAGCAACAACAACAACUACACAACCUCGUUACGGCAGUAUUGGUACUGCGCCCGUAAGAAAUCUCAGCACAAUAAAUACACGUAUACAAACCAAUGGUGAUAAUCCUUUAUGCAACGGUAAAAGUCUCUUACCACCAUCACCCGCGCUCAAUAUGCCCACAAUUAUAAAACCGAAAAUCUCUCAGAAACCUAAAGCACCCAAACCACCACUAUUAGCUAAACCCACAUCAUUUGGUUCCUCAUCAAUUUAUUCCGAUAAUUUAAUCACACCACCCUCUCCGCCUAUGCCACAAUGUGCACCUCCUCCACUACCACCCACAUCAGCCAUAACGUCAUCUUUUGCAGCCUCAUCAUCGGCAGCCGUGGGCACCUCGCAAAAGCCCACAUUUUCGAUUUUAGAUGUUAUUACCGGCAAAGUCGAUGCCUUGCAAUUGAGUUCUGGGGGAAUGGAUGAAUAUGAUAGUGAACCUUUGGAGCCGCCACAUGGCAUAACGCUGUACGAUUUUGAUAGCACGGAGGAAGGAGAUUUAUGUUUUAGGGAGAAUGAAAAAAUCUAUUUAAUAGAACAAGUAAGUGAAGAAUGGUAUAAGGGACGCACACGAUCCGGCUGUGAAGGUAUUUUCCCCGUAAAUUACAUAGAAAUCAAAGUGCCACUUCCCAGCAAAACUCUAUCGAGUGAAAACUCAACACAAUCAUCGUCUGCCUCGACAACACCAACAUAUCAACAAGCCGCAACUGCAAAUAGUCAAAAUUUGAAAAUUCGUUCUUUAUAUAAUUUCCCAGCCGAAGUUGAGGGUGAUUUGGAAUUGAAAGAAAAUGAUUUAAUAACAAUAUUGCAUAGAAUAAAUGAAGACUGGUUGUAUGGCGAAGUAAACGGUCGACAGGGUCAGUUUCCAGCUAAUUUUCUUGAAUAUGUGCCCUCUAAUAUACCAAUGCCUUAAGUUUUAAACUAAUUAUAUAUUUACACAUAAACUUGAAUAAUUCCUAAAUAUUAAUAUGCAGUAGUUAUAUAGAAAUGUAUGAAAAGAUAUUAAUUUUACAUUUGAAAUUGAAUAUUUAAAAGAAAUUACUAUUGAUAUGAUUAUUUUCCUAUACACCCUACACUUUAUAUGAAAAUUAAGAAUACAACAAACAACAAUUUACAUUAAAUUUAUUUAAAGAAAAUUAUAAAAAAAAUAAUAAAAUUAUACACAUUUCAAAUCGAUAUCUUUUUGAUAAACGAAAUCUUUUUUUAUUUGUAUUUUCCCAUAUUAUACUCUCAACUUGUAUUGUAUUAUUAAAUUAAAUAAUUAAUUAACAACAAAAGUCACAAUUCUAAUUGUUAAGUGUUUAUUAUGUAUUUACUAAAAUAUUCCCCCUGCUAUCAUUAUUAAUUAAUAAGCAAACAGAAAAAUAAAAACAAACUCCUUGUAAAAUGUAUAUAAAUUUUGUGAAAAGUUCUUCUCUUUAUUAAAUAUAUUUUUUUAUAAUUAUUAAAUUAAGUUUGUAUUGGUUAUAAAACAUAGUACUUUUUUUUGAUAAUUGAUUCUAUUGUGUGCCCAUUUUAAUUUUUAGUUUUGUAUUGGAUAGCCGCAAAUGUUAAAGUUUUGUUAAAAGUAAGAAUUUUGAAAAAUUGUAUUUUUGUUUGCAAACUUUUUUCUUUAAGAAUUGUGCGUUUUUCUUUUAAUAUUUAUAAACAAAAAAAAUAGCUUAAAAACAAAUAAACGAAAAAAAUAAAGCCUAAUAAAAUUUUGCAAAAAAAACUUGAAAAAAAAA